AUGACCGAAGCCGAGACUAGAUACCCUCAGAUGGAGAAGUUGGCUCUAGCUUUAGUCACCUCGGCCCGACGGCUUAGACCAUACUUCCAAGCCUAUACUGUGGUGGUGCUCACAAACUUGCCCCUAAAAAACAUCUUUCAUAAGCCAGAAGCUUCUGGACGCCUGAUGAAGUGGGCAAUAGAGCUAAGUGAAUACGACAUCCAGUUCGAACCCAGAACUGCGUUGAAAGGACAAGCAGCGGCAUAUUUCAUAGCCGAGCUCACACCACCUUCCGAGCUAAGCGAGUCCGACCUACCAUGGACAAUCUAUGUCGACGGAUCCUCCAAUGAGAAGGGGUGCGGGGCCGGGGUCCUCUUGCUCGGACGAGGAGGCGAGCGAUUUGAGUAUGCCUUGCGGUUCGGCUUCCGGACUUCUAACAACGAGGCUGAGUAUGAAGCAUUUAUUGCCGGUCUGCGAAUCGCUAGAGCAUUGGGGGCCUCUUGUGUUAAGGUCUUCAGCGACUCCCAGCUGGUUAUGAGCCAGAUCAAGGAAGAGUACCAAGCCAAAGACUCCCGAAUGGAGAAGUAUUUGGGCAAGGUCAGAUCGUACCUCGCCCAGUUUCGAACUUACGAAGUAAGCCGGGUUCCUCGAGCAGAAAAUUCUAAUGCUGACGCCUUGGUUAAGUUAGCAUCAGCGUACGAGACCGACCUGGCCAGGUCGGUCCCCAUCGAGAUCUUAGAUAAUCCCUCGAUCUCAGAGCCAGAUCUGAUGGAGAUCGGCGCUCCAGAGUCCUCAUGGAUGGACCCGAUUGCGGACUUCAUUAGGGGCAAUUCACCGCAAGACCCCAAUGAGCACAGAAAGUUGGCAAGGCGAGCAGCUCGGUUCGUGGUCCGAGGUGGAGCAUUGUACCGGCGCGGCUUUUCCCUGCCUCUAUUGAGAUGCCUAACCCCUAAAGAGGGCCUGUACGUCCUCAGAGAAAUCCACGAAGGAGUGUGCGGCAAUCACUCAGGCGCCCGGUCGCUGUCAGCCAAAGUGAUCCCACAAGGAUACUAUUGGCCGACUCUCAGCCAGGACGCCAAUAAGUUCGUUAGAACUUGCGACAAUUGCCAACGCUACGGAACCAUAAUCCACCAACCUCCCGAGCUGCUCACCCCCAUCUCGGCCCCGUGGCCAUUCGGGCAGUAG